ACUCAGGGACAAGAGCAGUAAAAUGCUAACCAAGUGUUUGCUUUUCCUCGCAACAACCACCUUACUGGUCCUUGCUGAACCCAUACCUAGUGCCUGGCACCAUCAAUGGGGAGGUCGCAUCUAUGGCGGAGAGAACAUUACCAUCGAACAAGCGCCCUGGCAAGUCUCGAUACAAGACUCAAAUAGGACUCCCUUCUGCGGUGGAGCCAUCUAUAACGACAGAGUCAUUGUGACCGCUGCGCACUGUAUAAAUCCGAGGAAUUCUUCAGAUCUGUUAGUGCGGGUGGGUGCUACCAAUCGUAGCCAAGGCGGUUAUCUCCUGAAAGUAUCAAAAAUGAAAGUGCACGAAGAAUUCAAUACUUCAACGAUUCGGUAUGACAUUGCAGUUAUUCUGCUUAGCUCAAAACUCAACCUGAAAGAUUGGAAGAAUGUCAGGCCCAUUAAACUGGCUAAUGCACCACCACCCAAUGGAGCCGAAGCUUUUGUUUCAGGCUGGGGAUUGACUGAACAGGGCAUUCCAGAAACACUUAAAGGAACUCACGUUGGCAUUGUCGAUCAAGGAGUUUGCAGAAAUCAAUACCAAACAGUAUGUUCGAAAAUAACGGAGGAUAUGAUUUGCGCUGCUGCACCAGGCAAAGAUUCCUGUUCCUACGACUCUGGAGGACCAUUGGUUUACAACGACCAGCUUGUUGGUAUUGUUUCUUGGGGUGAAGGGUGUGCGGACGCAAAAUUUUCUGGUGUAUAUGCGAAUGUUGCCCUGCUGCACGAAUGGAUAGUUAAGGCAGCUGAAGAGAUUACUCUUAAUUGAGAUAUGUUGAAAGCAAUAUAAUAAUUGAAUAAAAAUAGGCGUCCUUGAGCUUCAUUUUUGACUUAAAUCAAAUGAGAAGCCUUGAAGUCUUAGCCAAUCAA